CUGCCUCCCCGUCCUGCGGCGCUGUGUGGGGUUCGCGCGAGCCGGGCACCGGGUCGGAAGCACUGAGCAGCUGUGCGCUGUGUUGCUGCAGGCCAUCGAGAUGGAGCUGCGGCAGAUGGAGGUGCAGCAGGCCAACCGGCACGUCUCCCUGCUCACCUCCUUCAUGCCGGACAGCUUCCUGCGCCACGGCGGGGAUCACGACUGCAUCCUGGUGCUGCUGCUCAUCCCGCGGCUCAUCUGCAAGGCGGAGCUGAUCAGCAAACAGGCGCAGGAGAAGUUCGAGCUGAACGAGAACUGCGCGGCGCGCGCGGGGCUGCGGGGAGCGGCAGGAGAGCAGCUGAGCUUCGCAGCGGGGCUGGUGUACUCGCUGAGCCUGCUGCAGGCCACGCUGCACAAAUACGAGCAAGCCCUGAACAAAUGCAGCGUGGAGGUGUACAAGAAGGUGGGGAUGCUGUACCCCGAGAUGAGUGUGCACGAGCGCUCCCUGGACUUCCUGAUCGAGCUGCUGCACAAGGACCAGCUGGAUGAGACGGUCAACGUGGAGCCCCUGACCAAAGCCAUCAAGUACUACCAGCACCUGUACAGCAUCCACCUGGCCGAGCAGGCUGAGGACUGCACCAUGCAGCUGGCCGACCACAUCAAGUUCACCCAGAGUGCCUUGGACUGCAUGGGGGUGGAGGUGUGCAGACUGCGCGCCUUCCUGCAGGCCGGGCAGGAGGCAUCCGACCUGGCCAUCCUGCUCAAGGACCUGGAGACGUCGUGCAGCGACAUCAGGCAGUUCUGCAAGAAGAUCCGGCGCCGCAUGCCGGGCACGGACGCACCGGGCAUCCCGGCAGCGCUGGGCUUCGGGCAGCAGGUGUCAGACACGCUGCUGGACUGCCGUAAGCACCUCACCUGGGUGGUGGCCGUGCUGCAGGAGGUGGCCGCUGCCGGCGCGCAGCUCAUCGCCCCGCUGGCUGAGAAUGAGGGGCUGCAGGCAGUGAAGCUGGAGGACUUGGCCUUCAAAGUCAGCGAGCAGAUCUACGGCACUCAGGGCAUCAACCCCUAUGAGUGCCUGCGCCAGUCCUGCAGCAUCCUUAUUGCCACCAUGAACAAGAUGGCCACGGCCAUGCAGGAGGGAGAAUACGAUGCUGACCGGCCACAGAGCAAACCCACCCCACCUGCUGAGCUGCGGGCAGCCGCUCUUCGGGCUGAGAUCACCGAUGCUGAGGGCCUGGGGCUGAAGCUGGAGGACAGGGAGACGGUCAUCAAGGAGCUGAAGAAGUCCCUGAAGAUCAAGGGUGAGGAGCUGAGCGAAGCCAACGUGCGCCUCAGCCUCCUGGAGAAGAAGUUGGACAGCGCGUCCAAGGAUGCCGACGACCGCGUGGAAAAGAUACAGACAAAGCUGGACGAGACCCAAACACUGCUCAAGAAGAAGGAGAAGGAGUUUGAGGAGACCAUGGACGCCCUCCAGGCUGACAUCGACCAGCUGGAAUCCGAGAAGGUGGAGCUGAAGCAGCGCCUGAACAACCAGUCCAAGAGGACCAUCGAGGGGCUGCGCGGGGCCCCCGCCUCCGGGGUCGCCUCCAUCGUGUCGGGCAUCGCAGGAGAGGAACAGCAGAGAGGAGUGGGAGCUGGGCAGGCAGCCGGGGGCAGCAGCACGGGGCCGGUGCAGGUGAAGGAUUCCCCCCUCCUCCUGCAGCAAAUCGAAGCGCUGCAGCUCUCCAUCAGGCACCUCAAGAACGAGAACAACCGCCUCAAGGGCGCACAGAUGAAGCUGGAGCUGGCCGGCCUGAAGCCCCUGCAGGUGGCCAAGGUGUCCCUCCCGCAGAGCAAGCAUGGGGAGGGCCUGGCCACGCUCACGCUGUACCGCAAGAGCACGCAGCUGCUGGAGACUCUGUACCAGAUGAGCACCAACGCCAAGGUGGUGGACACCAAGCAGACCAAGUCAGGACGCAGUGCGGCCGCGCGGCUGUUGGAGCAGACGGCCCGGCUGUGGGCCGUGAAGGGCAGCAUCGAGGCGCUGCGGGACGAGGCCAUGCGGGAGAUAGUGCAGGAGCAACCGGGCGCCGGCGUCCCCACCAGCUUCGGUGCGUUCCCCUCCUCGUCCUUCCUGAAGGCGCAGCGCGAGAAGGAGCAGGGCCUGACGCGUUUCGGCCGCGUGUCCAUCCCGUGCGCGCCAGGACACGGCCGGGAGCAGCGCGUGCUGCUCACCCCGGAGCUGCUGCUCCAACUCCAGCGGCACUUCGUGGUGUAGGACCCCCUCGGAGCAUCGCGUGUCCCCCCCGGCGGAGAAACCCCCCCGUUCCCCUCCCGCCCAAUAAAGCCUCGUGCAGCCA